ACCUUUUAUUUUAUCUUAAUUCAUUUAAAUGUUUUGUUUUGUGCUAUAUUUUACGUAGACUUCUGCCGGUAAUGGAAAUAGUGGUGUUAUGUGCUUUUUUCCCUCUAAAUAGCACAUAUAGUGUCUAAUAUAAUGUUUCCACAGUUAUCGCAUGCCGUGAUGGUGGAUGUGGUGAUUCUCAGAGACUGAACUUGUCUGAGCAUGCCCCCACUUCUGCAGUGUUCUACUUCCUAACACAGCACAGCACACUUUCUGUGUCGCUUGCCACAGCAUGCAGUAUUUUAGCUCUAAAAUAAGAGGCAAUUUUAGAUAUAUAACAAGGUACAAGGAGUAAUAUGAAAAAAAGUCUAAAAGUGAUAUUGUGAACCCUGUAAGUUUAUCGCAUAUCAAUUGUCUUCAUUAUUUCACCUAUUCUUUUUACCAAAGGUCAUCAAGGAAAUUAGGAUAAUGGCCAUCAUAAGUAUUCAUGAGCACUUUUUUAUAUGUAGUAUACUAUUUUGAAGCAUUUAAUGAUUGAAAAUGGUCUAGAAUAAUUAUGGAAAUGCAGCCAAAGGAUGGAACGUGCCCGAGAGGAUUUUUGCCACAGUUUGUGUGAAGAAGCUAGAUGGAUUGUUGCAUCUCAAGACUGCUUGGAGGAGGCCUUCAUCCAGUCGUGGAUAGAUCAUGGCUGCAAAUGUUACCUUUUGAAUUGCUGGCGAUGUUUGACAAAACGAUAAAAAGGAAAGGACGUGCAUCCAGAAGGAUUAACAAACGUGACAAGCUUUCGAGUUUUGCAUUUAACUUUGAGCUGUCGGAUGACGAAGAGGACAAAGAAAAGGAAAAAAAAGUUGCGGAAGGAAAACGAUCAUCUUUCCUGAAACGGGAUCGAAAGGUCGAGGAGCAUGUGGAUGAUCAAGUUGACUCCGUGAUGGAACCACGUGUCACUUCCCAAGGGCAGGUGGAAGACAGCAAGUUAACGAACAGGGAGGGCCAUCACAGACCCAGGUCGCAUGACAGACAAGUCUCAUUUGCAACCUCUCCUUCUUUAACAGGCAAUGAAGGCAGCUCAACGCCAGUACCUAUGCCACGUAAGAGGGCAUCCACAGGUCGGAGCUCAGCGGAAGGGUAUUCGGAUGACUUCUCUUCAGAAAUUACCAAAAGUAGCCGUUCUCCUUCUCCAGCUCGGACUCUGUCAUCAACCUCAAGGGUGUCUGCCUCGACAGAACGUCGAUCAUUGUCUCCAUCAGAAACACCUGCACCGACUCCAGCAUCGCGCCAUUCUGCUCGGCAGGACAUGCGACGAGAAAUCUCCGGGGAUAUUUCACUUCGACCACCUUCUCCUGACCCCAAACCAACCGACAAUGGAGCAUUACCAUCUGGCAGGGACUCAAAGACACUUACUGACGGACCUCAAUCAAUGGGCAGACGAGCCUCAUCAGAGUCUCUGGUCACAUUCAUUCCAGAGGAGCCCGUGAAAUAUGGCCAACCCCCUUACAAGCCAGAAUCACACCGGUCCACCGCAAAAAACUCUACAAUUGACCAACAGUCAACAGAAGGUCAUCUUUUUGACAACACACUGGCAGAAAUCUCCCAAGAGAACUACAGUGGCGGAAAGGGCACUGGAGGUGGAAUGGACUCAGAGACGAUUGAUGACCAGUUGGAAAAAAUGUCACACACAAGCCAAACAGCAAGUUCUCUGAACCGCACGUAUGUGAAGUCCCAGAGAGGACGAAGCCCUCGACCAAUCUCUGCACAGUCGCGUUACUUGGGCACACUCAAGGUGCUUGAUUCCAGGUCGCAGCUGAACGUCAGUUUGAGCCCUGAAUGUCCCGAUACCAUCCGUGCAUCUAUCUAUCAGGAGUGGUUAAAGAGAAAGACUGCAUCAAUAAAGGAGCAAAAAGAAAUUCAAGAACGAUUCAGAAGGGAGAAAGAGAUAAAAGAACAGAAAGAAAAGAAGGACAAGAAGAUGGAAGUGGAGAGUACUUUCCAGGCGUGGAGCAAGCAGAAGAAGCAGUACAUUGCAGAACAGCAGAAGAAAAAAAUGGAAGAAGACAGAGAGAAACAGGAGGCCGAGAAAGCAAAGGAAGAACGCAAUGAAGAUGCAAAAAAGGCAGCCUUUGAGAGGUGGAAAGAAGACAAAGACAAGCAUAUUUUGAAAGAAUGUCUCAAAGAGAAAUCAGUUGAGCGAGAUAGGCAACGCAAGGAAAACGAGAAAAUGGACCAAAAGAAGGAGGACGCAGAGAAGUUAUACGACAUAUGGAAGAAGAAAAAAGACGAAGAAUUGAAAGCUAUGAAAAAGAAAUUAAAACAAGCAAAGAAAAGGGAUGUGGAGGAGAGGGCCAUUAAGGAAUGCAAAGAGAGGCAAGCCCAGGAUGAAUAUGAACACUGGAUGGACAAAAAGGAGUCGCAGCAAAAGCUGGAUCGGAGGCUGCGGAAGAGCCGUUCUCUUUAUCAAGAAGAAGUUCCACCCUGGAGUCCACCUAACCGUACAGUUCCUCAUGGAAAAUAAUGCGCUUACUCCAGAUGAGAAAGCCUGAUAUACUUCAAUAUUUACACCCUAUACAAAGCUUAAUAUCUAUUCAAGUUUCGUGUAGCUAGUGUGUAGAUAUCUUGUGUGUAUAUAAUUUCAUAUGGAAUGUGGUAAUCACAGUACUUAUCGACUACUUAUAAUUCCAUUGUACAAUCCUGUUGUGAAAAUGUGAUCACCUCAUGCUUACCGAUACAUUUUAAUGGAGUAAAUUAUCCCGUCACUUUGCCUUUCACUUGGUACUUAUCAUUUCAGUGCAGUUGAAACACAUCUUAAAAUUUAGUUAAACUAAAAAAAACUGCAUAAUGCAAUCGUCAUUUUGUUGUGUUAAAAAGUCAAUGAUUCAACGACACUCUUUGGAAGCUAGAAAAUCAUAACUUGUUGGCUUUAAAUGUAAAAAAAAUGGACCUCAUCGUAUGCUUAAUGUGGGAAAAAAAUAUUUGAGCUUAGUGGUAAUAAGACAUGGGAGAGAUAUUUAUGGGCGCUAAAGAAAUGUAAGUAGCAUCUCAAUGGGAUAAUUGACAUGACAAUUAUUUUACACGAAGUGCUAAAUGUAAGAAAGGCCAGCAAAA